UGGAAGCACCUAGUAAAGACCUCCACAGUCAGUGAACAUUGCAUUCGCUCUUAACUCGCGAUCUGUAUCUUUAAAUAUCUGCUAAAUUCAGUACAUUGGAAUCUCCCAGGACCAAAAUUUACUUUCACAACGUUCUGGAACAAGAUUCUCUGUUCAACUGGUGUGUCGGAUCCUGAUCACCCAAACUGAUGAAGCUCGACUGAUCUGAAUAAUAGGAUUUUUGUUUUCACAUCUGACAAGCGGAAAGAAUGUCGGAAAGGGCCGAUGAUGACGUCAGGGGGGAGCAGCGCAAAGCGGCCAGGCAGCCAAAGCAGCAACAGCAGCAGUUCCAGCAGGGAGAAGGCUGUACAGCAAUGGCGACUGUAGGGGAGCGCAGAUCUCUGCCCAGUCCAGAAAUCAUGUUGGGACAGCCUUGGAGCAACUGGGUCGAUGCCGCUAAACUCCACGGGAACGACGGUGCAGAAUCAGAAGAAAGUUUGAAAGAAUGCGGGAAAAAUCGAGAAGCCAUGAGGCUAUGUAGAGACGACAUGCCCAUAUUUGGCCAAUGCCCCGCACAGGAUGAUUUCUUCCUGGUGAUGUGCAACCACUGCAGUCAGGUGGUCAAGCCGCAGGCCUUUCAAGCGCACUACGAGAGAAGACACGGCCCGGCCAGCAAGCCCCCGUCUGCCACCACGUCCUCCUCCGCCUACCCAGUGCCCACGCUGUCAUCCCGCGGCAAGGGCAGCGGGGGCGGGAGUGCCGGGGCCGCAGGGGGCGGGGCUGUGGGCCGCUCGGCCAGCGGGAACACCGCCUCCUCCAACUCCAAAAUCCUCAAACCGGCCAAAGAGAAGCUGCCCAUUCACGGGAGGCCACAGUUCCCCUUCAAGGUGCUUCACAACAAAAUCAGCUUGACUCCCGCUGUGAAAGUGGAGAAGAUGCCCCUGAGGGUGGAUGCGUUGGCCAAGCUGGUCCACGUCCCCACCUCCUCCGCCACUGUGAGCUCGCCCGUGAAGCCCGGCCUUAACUGUCCCUCCAUACCAAAGGCGCCCCUGCUGUCCCCGGGACAGAUCCCCAACGGGAAGAGCCUCCCAUCCCUGGACAAGAAACAGGACGACAACAGCAGUAACAAGAGACCGCUGCACAAGAGACCUUCCGAGCGCGAGUUUAAUCCAGACAUCCACUGUGGGGUCCUGGACCUGACUGCCAGGAAGCCAUGCACGAGGUCUCUCACAUGCAAGACACAUUCCUUAAGCCAGCGGAGGGCGGUGCUGGGUCGCAGGAAGCGCUUUGACACUUUAUUAGCGGAGCACAAGAGUAAAGCCAGGGACAAGGAGCUGCUGCGUGGCUCAGAGUACCCCCAGCAGACCCCCCCUCUCAGGGACCCUCACCCCUCCCCCUCCCGCAUCGCCCAGGACCCCCACCAGGUCUCCCACGGCAACAGUGCCGCCGACGCCAAGCCUUCAGCGCCCAGCAAACCCAAACCUCACAAUCUUAGUCUUCCACGACUCAACAGUAGUUCCUUGCACCCAAGUGGGAACCUGCAGGGAGACCCUGCCCUGAUCCAUGAGUCGCUCCACCACUCCCUGUCCGCUGCCGACGGGACGUCCCGCUUGUCCAGCGACGAGGGGGAGAAUGAGGAGAAGGAGGAGAGCACGGAGAAGCUGGACUGCCACUAUUCAGGUCACCACCCUCGACCAGCAGCUUUUUGCACGUUUGGGAGCCGACAGUUCGGGAGAAGCUGCUUUGCGUUCGACCGACGCUGGGAUCGAGUUCGAUGUGUGCUCACCGCCAUGGUGGAGAAGCACGUCAAUUCUCAGAUGUGGAAGAAAAUACCCCCAGCCUCGGAGAGCUCCUCCACGACGCCCCACAGGACAAGCACAAACUCCCUGCCCUCGUCUCACGGCGGCGCCAGUGUCACAGGCUUCCUGUGCCCCGCCUCUGCCAUCUCCUCGCCCCCCUACACGCAGUCCUUCGACAGCAAGUCUGUUCUCUCCUACGGAACGACCCUGAAUGCCCGCGCCUCCCCCCUGAGUUCCACAGACCACCCCCCUUACAACACGCUGUCCAGACAAGUGUCUUCAUCGCCCCAGAUGCCUUCAGGACACUCUAGCGUUCCCUCUCUCCUGUCCAGCAGAGCCUCCAAGGCCAGGCCGAGCAGUAAGCCUUUCAGAGCCCGCGAGCCCUCGGCCUCCAUCGCCAACUCCAACAGCAGCGGCGGCGGCAGUGGUGGCAGCCUCGGAGCGGGGAAGAAGAGGAAAAACAGCUCCCCGCUGUCCUCCCACACGCCCUACCCCACCGAGUCCUCCUCUUCUUCCUCCUCCUUCUCGUCCUCGUCCUUCAAGAGAAACUGUGCUGUGAACUCGGGCGGCUCAGGAAGCGCCUUCCACCCGUCGCUCACCUCCUCUUCCUCUUCCUCCUCCUCCUCCUCCUCCUCGCACAGCGGUGUCCACAGCGUGGGACUUAACUGCGCCCCCGGCAGGACGAACUCUCUCAGCCUCAAGCAGGACCAAUCAGGGAGGGGCCCCGCCUGCGGGAGCCCCGCGGAGUCCAUCAAGCGCAUGAGCGUGGUGAUGAACAGCAGCGACUCCACGCUGUCGCUGGGGCCCUUCGUGCACCAGGCCGCCGAGCAGGCCCACGCCCCGCUGGACGGCCGGCUGGAGGGGAAGAAGCGCAAGGGCUCCCCCGCCUCCGGCAGCAUCAACAGCAGCGGCGGCGGCGCAGGAGGAGGAGGCCCGGGCCCCGGGAGGCCCAAAAUGGCCAAGCCGCCCGUCGUCAACAACAUCCACGGCAAACACGGCCGCGCCAUCCCAGGGACGCAAGCACUUCCCAGCAACUCACUCAUACCACAGCCAAAGGCACGUCCCUGACAACAGUCGUAUGGUCCUCUCUGCACAGAAAUGGACAAUGUAAGCAGAACGGUACUGGCUCUGGUACCUUGAACUGCACGAGGCCUUUUGUGUUAAUCUCAGCUUCCCACAAUCCUCAGGGGUGGAGAUCCACCGGACAGUCAGCGACAUCACGGAAUUCCCCGAAGCCAUGUCUGCAGCCGUGCCGCCAUGGGGAUCCCACACAGCCGGGGGGGGAGGGCGAUGUAGUGGGUCAGGCUGUUGCUCCUAUCAGUGUUACAGUGGAAUGCUGGUCUGUGAGGUCUUCCUGUGGGGGAGGAGUCUGUUCAGUGACCUUACAAUAAGUUUUGAGGUACAGAUAAGGGCUGGUUCAUGCAGCGCUGUACUCGCAUCCAGACGUGCUGUUGGGGGAACGACUCUGUUGUUACUGUGGUGAAACGCUUCGGUUUCUACCAGUCUCUUCUUUGUAGUAUGGAUGCAAGUGCACAUUGCGUGUGUUCGUCAGGUCAGACUCUGCUAAACUACUGGGAAUAAAAACCUAACCUGCCUGUACUCGAGCCUUGGAGGAGUAGGUAGGUAGGGAUAAGAAACUGUCAGGAGUUCCCACACUUGAUACACAAUCACUAUGAUUUUUUUUUUUUAACUCGACUUUAUCAUUUGAUUUUAUCAUUACAACAUGGGCACAGAUUCCGUUGUCCAAAAUUGCCAAGCUAUUCUGAUUUAAAUGAAUGGAGAGGGGAGGGGUUGGGGUGUGUAGGCUAUGAUGCAAGCUUACUUUAGUCAAGUCCGAGAGGUGCCUGAAUCAACUCAUGGUUGUCCAAGAUCCAUGCUGCUUGUGGCUUCUGGAGUAAUUAACCAGGUCUCUUGAUCUGUCUGACAUGGUCCUUGUUGAUUUUAUAAACAGGCUUAUGCAAGAAGUGAACUUGGAAGUGAUCACUGGUGUGUACAUUUCCUCUUUGUUUCAAGGCCGUUAAGUUGAUCUCCUUCAUGGCUUGCUGAGUAGUGUGUUAAUUCCUGUGAAGACCAAAUCUAACUGCUGAAAUGGUAGAACAACUUGUAUUUCCUCAGAAACUUAAAGGACAAGUCUGGUCAAAAAUGUAUAUUUUGAUAAACACCUUGAAACAAGUUUACUGCACACACUAACACAGUACUACAAAGUUAAAUCAGACAACUUGGGAAAAUACUUUUUGUAUUUUUUUUUUUUUUGCUCAAAGAUCUAUAAUGUCUUUGUCACAUACCAGGUUGUUGGUAUACUUCUCGUGAGUAAAUGCAUACAUAUGUGUGUGUGGAAUUUGUCCAAGGGAACAACUGUAUGUUGGGGAAUAAUUUUUGUUUGUUAUUGUAGACUAAAGCAGGUAUGAUUGAUACAUCAGUGAGAAGUGACUCAUUUCUGAAGCUUAUUCAUUAGCAUGGAUGCAUUUGAUACAUACAGAAUUUGACCAGACUCAUCCUUUAACUUGGAUAAACAAACACACACAUGUUGCACUUUUGAUAAUUAGCACAAAUACACUAAACAUGGGACAAGAGUACAGAAUAACUGGAUUUAAACUAGCAACUCAGUUUUUGAAUGAUAUUAAUAUAUGGUUUCUUGUGCUAGGUCAUGUAUUACUGGAUGGAACAGUUUUUUUUAAACAUUUUAUCAAUUAAGUCAGCACCUGCAUCCACAAGAGACUCCCUAUACUGUGAAUGGUACUGACCAAACAGAAAGCCACUAUUUGUGAGUAGAUUAUGCAAGUGCUUUAUUUAUUUGCCCACAUACAACUGACCAGGAGCGGCAGGCAUUGUUAAGAGGCAGCACCCCACACCCUUAAAUCUACACCACUAAUUGCAAGUUGCAGUUAUGCUUUUACAGUGACAUCUCUUCACACACUGCAAAUCCUAAAUGUGAACUGAAAAUCAGUCAUGCAAAGAUGGGAAAUUUGGGUCGUGCAUUCACGGGUUCCAUGUUAACCAUGUCCUGGGCCUUGACCGGCAAAAUCUUCCCUCACCCUGGUAGAACACAUUUUUGGUGAUUUUUUUUUUUUAUUAUUAUUAUUAUUAUUUUGGCGAACUGUCUUUAGAGGUGGCUUGAGUGAGGCAGCUGCACGCUUUGGCUACUAGCUACUAUUGUACCAUUGUGACUCCUGUAGAUUUCUUAACCCUAUUGAUGUCAGUAAGCAAAACGUAGCUGUAAAGCAGAGUCAGUUUUGUAUCUAUUAUUUUAGCUUUCUUGUAUGUAUUAUACAGAUACUGAAGUAUCCCAAUUUCAGAAUACAUAUUUUGUUAAAAAAAAAAAAGAUUGUACAUAUUUAAAUAUGUAUUUUUGCACAGGCAUUUUUUUCUUAUAUACAAUUUUGGUACAAUUGAGAUCAUCAUUAUUUAUUUAUUUAGUAAAUGAAUAACAAGUUAAAACUUUUAUUAGUUGAAGUGGUUCACUGCCAAGCCAAUAACGCAAUAUGCCUAUAACAGACAGAUAGGACGUCUCUUAAAACACGCACUUGGAUCCUUUAAAGGUGGAGUGUUGUCACUGAAGUGUAGCUUAUGGAAUAGUGUUUUAACCCUGGGAGGUCUUACUAAUCUCGCAUGUCGCUUCUGAACACUGAAAUAGUGUCCUAUCCAUGGCGAGUUGGCCUCUAUAAUGUCCUUCUCACAAAAUAUCUGUUGUCCAGUUUGGUUUCUAAUGAUUAGGAUGAAUUGUACUGGGUUUGGGUGACAGCUGAAAAUGUCUUUUUUGGCAACACUUUCCCUUUAAGGUCUUGGGAGUAGGGCAACUAUUACAAGAAAGAAGGAAAAAAAAACACUUUAAAAUCCAAUGCAGCUGCUUGCAUCAUUGUUGCCAAACAUUUAAUUUGAAACACUGCUUUUAACUUAAUGUUUAGUUUGCAGCUUUUAGAAAAUGAUGGAAAAAAGUGCCUGAAUUAGUUUCACAUGAUGACUGUUUAAGGACCACUCUUUGGGUUUAUUGUUUUACGUGACUUGAAUGUUUAAAGAAAAGGUUUAUGAGCUUGCUUUUUACACCUGCAUUUGGGUCCUAAAUUGUGGUAAAAGUCUUGAUAGUGUUGGCUAGCUUCAAUGACACUCACUGUACAGAUCUGACUGCUCAUCAGAACCUUGGGUAUUUUUUUCCCUGUUAAAUCUGUUGAUAUUGAUUUGUAGACUACUGUUGAACUCUAAUCCAGGUUUCUUCCCACAUUUGUAUGCAUAACCCGAGCGUGUUAAAGGUCCUUGGUCUGUUAGGAGAUGUUUUGAAAAAUUAAAAACAAAAUGUGAAGGUGUUUCACUUCCCUUUACAUUCAAACUCCUGUGGUGAUUCUGCCAGUGUUUUCAAGUGGUGGAAACAUACAAAGAUACUGUUUAAUUAAGCACUACAGAUGUGUAAUGUGAAUUUAAGACGGAAAGCAGCUUGCUUGUGGGGAAAAGGUUCUACAUGCAAACUCCUUUGUAAAAGCGUGUAUAGUUGAUUUUUUUUUAAAGUAUACAUAAUCAAAUGCAUUUGAUC